UCAUUGAGCAGCGGACAAUUGCAGCGAGUAUCACCAUCAGUACCACAACGGCACGUUAAGCCCCGGUGCUCAUACCGACCGACCUCCACACCAAAUAUCCGCAACAGUCAUUCCCUGCCAGCCAUGAAACAGACUCUGCUCGAACUGAUGAGGAUGAGCAGAAUAUGCCGGAUGGUACUCGCCACUUGUUUGGGAUCUUUUAUUCUGGUCAUCUUUUAUUUCCAAAGUAUGUUCCAACCAGUCAUGCGGAGGAACCCAUUUACGGCGGACGUGUGCUGUAGGAAAGGCUCCCGCAACGCACUACAGGAACUCUACAACCCCACACAGUCGGAGUUCUCCAGUGCGGCCAUCCUCCACCAGGCGAGGAGAGACCAGGUAGCAGAGUCAUGUCGGGCCCACAGUGCAUCCAGCCGCAAGCGCCGGGUCCUGACCCCUGGUGACCUCAAACACCUGGUGGUGGAUGAGGAGCAUGAGCUCAUCUACUGCUAUGUCCCCAAGGUGGCCUGCACCAACUGGAAACGUGUCAUGAUGGUCCUCACCGGACGCGGCAAGUACAGUGACCCUAUGGAGAUCCCUUCUAACGAGGCCCACGUCCCGUCCAACCUGAAAUAUCUCAACCAGUACAGCAUUGCUGAGAUCAACCACCGCCUCAAGAGCUACCUCAAGUUCCUGUUCGUCCGGGAGCCCUUCGAGAGGCUCGUCUCCGCUUACCGCAACAAGUUCACCCUCAAGUACAACUCCUCCUUCCACCGCCGCUUCGGCACCAAGAUCGUCCGCCGCUACCGCAAGAACGCCACGCAGGAGGCGCUGCUCAACGGCGCCGACGUCAAGUUCCGGGAGUUCGCCGAGUAUCUUGUCGACCCUGCCACACAACGUGACGGCCCGCUAAACGAGCACUGGCAGACGGUGUACCAGCUGUGCCACCCCUGUCACAUCCACUAUGACCUGGUGGGCAAGUACGAAACCCUGGAGGAUGACGCCAACUAUGUUCUGCGGCUGGCGGGGAUGGGUGAGUCGAUGCACUUCCCGACCUUCGCCAAGUCCACCCGCACCACCGACAGCAUGACGGCCCAGUUCUUCAGCAACAUCAGCUCCCAGCAGCACGCCCAGCUCUACCAGCUGUAUAAACUGGACUUCCUCAUGUUCAACUACUCCACGCCAAGCUAUCUGCGACUGGACUAACGACUAGAGGACCAGUACAUGACUAGCCAGCUGGGGCUCUGGGCACGAUCCACUUUUAAUAAGAGAAGAAAAAAAGAAAAGGAGAAUGGAUAUUUUUGCGAAAACUUUAUUAAAAAACUGUCAUCGCUAUUUCUGGGGGGUGAACAGGAAGGGCUGAGGUGAAUGGGAGGGACAGAGAUUGAGGAAAGGAGCUGGAUCCAAUUUAAUGUGAAAGAUACUUGGUAUUCCAAUCAGCAUUGUUCUGAAGGAGGAAGUGGAGAUCCUACAGCAUCAGAAUGCAGGGUUCGGUUGGAGCUGAUGUCAGAGGUUUUCUAAGAGGGGAAAUCGAGGAGAGUAGCAGGACUCUUGGAGAGUGGUCGAUGUGUGUUCUGUAUGUAAAUGAGGUGGGACUCUUGACCAAUUAGGCUGCUUUGGAUUCUGCACAGCAAACGGUGGCCUCGCAUGCACGCAACCUGGCCCCAAAGCAUCAUGGGAGCUGAGCUUAUUUUAUAAUGAACAAUAAUGAAACUCCGUUAAAUUGUAAAACACAUCCAUGUCCUUCAGUUGGCUGUAUCCUAGAUGUGUUUGAUAGCACCCACCAACCCUCUCUUUCAUAGCACCCACCAACCCUCUCUUUCAUAGCACCCACCAAAUAUACAUUUGAUAAGUAAACUGGCUCUUGGCUCCCCCUCAAGCCCUCCUCAUGAUAGCUGGCUAUUGACUUUGUUCUAAAGACCUCUAGAACCAUCAGGCGUAAGCAGAGGAGCUACAAUUUACAGCCAACUGCUCUAAAGUAGUAGCUAUGGUGUCAAGAUCUCAUCAUCAUAGGUGAAAAGAACUCCUGAAUCCUGAGGUUUGCCAGGUGAGGCCUCAGACUCCUACAGCAGGGUCUGAAACGGCGGCCAUUUUAGAAAGACGCUGAGCACCCUCAAGGCUUUGAGCCACAGGAAGUGGUCAGAAGGAGACAGGAAGUGCCCAUGUGAAUGGGUGUACCGGAUGUGAUUGACAGGUGUUAGGUGCCUCCCACUGACCCAGAGAGGAACUGAAGAAGAGAUGGCCUGUGUGAAACGGUUUAAGGGACAGGAUCUCAUAACCCCGCCCACGCCACGCCCCUAAACCAGGGAGGGACCCAGCGUACACGCUUCCCCCACCCCCCCCCGCUUCGACGACCAAACAUGUCUUUUAGUAAAUUAUGUUUUUUUUUUUAUCUCUUGGUUUUAUUGUCUUAUGAAAACAUUGCUGCGAGCAGCAAUAAAACAUAUUAUUUAAAUUACUUUUACUGUCGCGGGGGGAGGGAGAUAAAAAAAAAAAUCUUGGCAGAUGAACGUUUUAGUAGAUUUUGUAAAGAUAAAAUUGUUUUUAUUAGUUUUGUUUUUGAUCCUGAGUUGCCUCCGGUACACUGUUAAUGAUAACAUUUUCAUUUUCUUCCUUUUUCCGAAGGGCGUACAAUACAAUAUAGUUAAGUCCAUGGCUUUGGUUUCUCUGUGCGUGAGAGCUGGGAUAUCCCAUGGGAUUUAGAGUUAUUCCCUCUCUCCCCCUUAGUCAACUGAGUCUGGUGCCAAAGGGUUGGAACACUGCCAAUGACAGAGAGGGACAGAGUCAACUCAACUCUUAUCAGUACUUUUCCAUACAUCCAAUAAUAUACAAAACAUUUACAAUCAUGUGAUUGAAAACAUAAACUAUAGCAUGAGAAAAGUAUUCUACAAACAUAUCUACGUCUACAGUGCAGACUACUGCUCAGUAUCAGAAACAAGUAGUGGUUGCUUUGAUAAUGAUCGAUAAUAGAACCGUCUACCUUUGUCUGGCGGUGAAAGUCAGGUCUGUGUCCGCCCUCCUCAGGUGAAAGUGCAGUGUCUAAUCAUUACUCUGUGUAGUCUAUGGGAUCACAGAGAGUUGUAUACACAGUGCAGGAGUGGGCAACGGAGAGAAGACAACUUAAUUAGCCAAGCU